GAAAGACAGACUGCGGGGCGCCUGGAAACCGGUCCGAGGGCGCGCGAGAGAGGAGAGCAAGCGAGUUGAGGGAUUGACACAAAUGGUCAGGCGGCGGCGGCGGAGAAGGAGGCGGAGGCGCAGGGGGGAGCCGAGGCCGCUGGGCUGCCGAGAGUUGCGCGCUCUACGGGGCCGCGGCCACUAGCGCGGCGCCGCCAGCCGGGAGCCAGCUAGCCAAGGGCCAGGAAGGCGGGACGCGACCCGAGCCACCCGGGCUCUCCUCGCAGCCCGCGCUUCAUGAAUCGCAAGUUUCCGCGGCGGCGGCGGCUGCGGGACGCGGAGCGGGAGCCGGGAGAGCGGGCCGUGCGCGGCCCGGGCUCGACGGAGGGCACCGGCGGGGAGGAGAUCGCCCCGGCCGCAGGGGGAGCCGCCACCGGCCGCGCCACCGCCAGCCCCAGCCGAGCGGCGCCCAGAAAGGAGCCGAGAAAGUAUGGCUGAGGAGGAGGCGCCUAAGAAGUCCCGGGCCUCGGGCGGCGGCGCGAGCUGGGAACUUUGUGCCGGGGCUCUCGCGGCUGGGCCGGUGGCAGAGGGAAGCGGGGACACGGGCAGCCGCCGCCACCGAGCCUCAGCUCACUCCCGGCGCUUAGCGCGCCGGCUGCUACUACUGCUUUGGCUGCUGGAGGCUCCGCUGCUGCUGGGGGUCCGGGCGCAGGCGGCUGGUCAGGGGCCCGGGCCGGGACAGCAGCCCCCGCCGCCGCCACCUCAGCAGCAGCAGAGCGGGCAGCAGUACAACGGCGAGAGGGGCAUCUCUAUACCGGACCACGGCUACUGCCAGCCCAUUUCCAUCCCGCUGUGCACGGACAUCGCAUACAACCAGACUAUCAUGCCUAACCUGCUGGGCCACACGAACCAGGAGGAUGCGGGCCUCGAGGUGCACCAGUUCUAUCCACUAGUGAAGGUGCAGUGCUCGGCCGAGCUCAAGUUCUUCUUGUGCUCCAUGUACGCGCCCGUGUGCACCGUGCUGGAGCAGGCUCUGCCGCCUUGCCGCUCCCUUUGCGAGCGCGCGCGCCAGGGCUGUGAGGCGCUCAUGAACAAGUUCGGCUUCCAGUGGCCUGACACACUGAAGUGCGAGAAGUUCCCGGUGCACGGCGCCGGCGAGCUGUGCGUGGGCCAGAACACUUCGGACAAGGGCACCCCGACGCCCUCACUGCUGCCUGAGUUCUGGACCAGCAAUCCCCAGCAUGGCGGCGGGGGUCACCGCGGCGGCGGCGGCUUCCCGGGCGGCGCCGGCGCGUCAGAGCGAGGCAAGUUCUCGUGCCCGCGCGUCCUCAAGGUGCCGUCUUACCUCAACUACCACUUUCUGGGGGAAAAAGACUGCGGCGCGCCCUGCGAGCCGACCAAGGUGUACGGGCUCAUGUACUUUGGGCCGGAAGAGCUGCGCUUCUCGCGCACCUGGAUCGGCAUCUGGUCGGUGCUGUGCUGCGCCUCCACGCUCUUCACGGUGCUCACCUACCUGGUGGACAUGCGGCGCUUCAGCUACCCGGAGCGGCCCAUCAUCUUCCUGUCAGGCUGCUACACGGCAGUGGCCGUGGCCUACAUCGCCGGCUUCCUGCUGGAGGACCGGGUGGUAUGUAAUGACAAGUUCGCCGAGGACGGGGCGCGCACAGUGGCGCAGGGCACCAAGAAGGAGGGCUGCACCAUCCUCUUUAUGAUGCUCUACUUCUUCAGCAUGGCCAGCUCCAUCUGGUGGGUGAUCCUGUCGCUCACCUGGUUCCUGGCAGCCGGCAUGAAGUGGGGCCACGAAGCCAUCGAGGCUAACUCUCAGUAUUUUCACCUGGCUGCCUGGGCCGUGCCGGCCAUCAAGACCAUCACCAUCCUGGCCCUGGGCCAGGUGGACGGUGACGUGCUGAGCGGGGUGUGCUUCGUGGGGCUCAACAACGUGGACGCGCUGCGCGGCUUCGUGCUGGCGCCACUGUUCGUGUACCUGUUCAUCGGUACAUCUUUCCUUCUGGCAGGCUUCGUGUCCCUCUUCCGCAUUCGCACCAUCAUGAAGCACGACGGCACCAAGACCGAGAAGCUGGAGAAGCUCAUGGUGCGCAUCGGCGUCUUCAGCGUGCUUUACACGGUGCCAGCGACUAUCGUCAUCGCCUGCUACUUCUAUGAGCAGGCCUUCCGGGACCAGUGGGAGCGCAGCUGGGUGGCCCAGAGCUGCAAGAGCUAUGCCAUCCCCUGCCCCCACCUCCACGCGGGCGGAGGCGCCCCGCCGCACCCGCCCAUGAGCCCCGACUUCACAGUCUUCAUGAUCAAGUACCUUAUGACGCUGAUCGUGGGCAUCACGUCAGGCUUUUGGAUCUGGUCCGGCAAGACCCUCAACUCCUGGAGGAAGUUCUACACCAGGCUAACCAACAGCAAACAGGGGGAGACCACCGUCUAAGACCAGAGGCUCAGCCCAUUCCCAGCCCUUGGCCUGGUGCCCCCAGCUGCCCCCAAAAGUUGGCCCCAUGGAAUCCUUGCCAAAUCUGGCUGCUCAAGUCUUCCUCACUAGCCAUUCGCUUUCGCAGGCUCCUUUUAACAACAAGUCUCCUGCAAAAGCUUCUGUCCUUGGGGGCAGACUCUACUGCCAGAGGGGGGAUGCACAGAGCUCUCUUGCUCUCACACUCUGGUACCUGGAACUGUACGCUUUUGUGAUUGUAAAUAGCCUGUGUAAGAUUUUUGUAAGUAUAUUUGUAUUUAAAUGACGACCGUUCACGCGUUUUUCAUUUCCUUUUUUUGUUUUUGUUUAAAUUUUAAUUAUUUAGGGCGGUUUAACCAUUCGAGGCUUUUCCUUCUUGUCCUUUUCAGAGUAGGGCAGAGAGAAAAUCCGAGCGCACAGCUUGCUCCUCCUGCUCGUGCUGGCGCGCCCCUCCCUGCCACGGGUGGGGAACGCCUGGGGCUGCGCCGCCCGGGUCACUUCCCUGCUCCUCUUUCUGCUCCCUCCCUUCCCUUCCUUGCUCGGGGCCGGGACUCUUAAGGUACAGAACUACACAAAGCUUACGAAUCCGGGGGUGGGCCUCCUGCCCAUCCCAGGCCUGCCCUUGUCUGGGGCCAGAAAGCAAAGGCCUGUCCCUUUGACUCUCCGAAGCUGAAAUUUUCACUGUCCAGAACCUUCCCCCUGGCUUCAAGGAGGCCCGCAGGGUGCACUGGCGGUCGCACUCUCCUUCUGUCUGGCCCCCAACGCCCAGACACUCCCUUCUUCCACCUAAGUUGGUUACAGGGUGAGUGGGAUAACCAAUGCCAAACUUUUUUAAGUCUAAUUUUUGAUGGAUGAGCUCAUUUCAUUCUCUAGCGUCUAAAACCUGGUAUGGGUUUGGCCAGCGUCAUGGAAAGAUGUGGUUACUGAGAUUCGGGAAGAGGCAUGAAGCUUUGUGUGGGUUGGGAGAGACUGAAGAUGGGGGUUAUAAAAUGUUAAUUCUAAUUGCAUACUGAUGCCUGGCAACCUGCCUCUAGGGUUGAAACAGCCUGAGUUGAGAUUUUACCGUUCUGUAAAAUGGAAACGUUUGGUCACCUGGAAAGCUUUGUUAAAGAGUUGAUCUUUGCUUUCCUUUAACAGGAAAUGGUAAACUGAAUAUGAAACUUGAAGGAGAUUUCAGUGUAAUGGACUUCCCCAAAAUGAAAUGCUACUUUAUUGUUUUUAAUCAAAUAAUAAUUAGACAUUUAUCAGAAACUUUAAAAUGUAAAAGUUGUACACUUUCAACAUAUUAUUAUGAUUAUUAUUCAAGGGAGGAACAAUCCACAUCACUAAUAAUAACCUGGUAAGAUUCCAGGAGGCAAAGGAGGUGGAAUAAUUGAUGGGAUUAGCUCCUGAAAUAAACAAAAUAUGGGCAUGCAUGCUAAAGGGAGAAUGUGUGCAGGUCUACUGCACUAAAUCCUAUGUGCUCCUUUUUGGAUUUACAGAAAUGUGUCAAAUGGAAAUCUUUCAAAGCCAUUUAAAAAUAAUUCACUUUAGUUCUCUGUGAAAAAGAGGAGAAAAGCGAUCCUCCUGAUUGUAUGGUUUUAAACUUUAAGAGUUUAUCAAAAUACCGGUACUUAGGACCUAAAUUUAUCUAUGUCUGUCAUACCCUAAAGUGACAAUGGUCUUUGAAUUUGGUAUGCAUUUAUUCUGUUCACUAUCACAAAAUCAUCUAUAUUUAUAGAGGAAUAGAAGUUUAUAUAUAUAUAAUACCAUAUUUUUAAUUUCGCAAAUAAAAAAAUCAGUUUUGUACAAAAUUAUAUGGUUUUUUGUGCCUGAAAAUAAUAGAGCUGGAACUGUCUGCACUAUGAAACUAUCUUUACAUUUUAUAGUGUCUAUAGUCAAUCUCACAGUAUAUAAAUUCAGGAAUUCAAGGAAAAAGUCUAUCUGUAAACCUUCAGAUCCUUCCAAAGAAUUAGCCUGCUUGCAUGGUGCUUGAUGUUGUAAAGUCCCUAGAAAAGGUCUGCUUCCAUGGUAGUGACAGUAUAAAAUAGAAGUUUGCAAAUUAUUUCUUUACUCAAAGAAGAUGAUUAAAAAGAGAAUUCUCAUUUUAUUACAGCUUUUUUUUCUUUUAAGGGGUACAUUUACAUGACUUUUUAUAAUAUGGAGGUUUAUUUUUAUAUCAUCAGCCAUCAUCUUUGUCAUGAUUUUUAUGAAGUAUUAUCUUAUACUUUCCAUAAUCUUAGAUAUUCCAAAACCAUAAAUAGGCAAUCAGUAAAUGGUUAACUGACAGUGUGUUUAUAAGCAUUUUAAACAGCAGUUGGGUGUAUAGGGCUGUUUUAUUGUUUGCUUCUGAAGACCCAUUUUUAUAUUGUUCAAGGAACCUCUCCCUGAGGAAUUAUCUAGUUGGCCUACUGUUAGUCAGAAUUUACAUAAAUGUAUAUAUAUGUAGAAUGUAUAUACAGAUAUGUGUAUAUAUAUAUAUGUCUAUAUAAUAUACACAUAAGUAUACACACACUAAUUUUUAUAAAAUAGAGAUGCAAAGUUUACUUAUAUAUUUUACAAUAUGGAAAUAAGGUCAUGAGAAAAGGAAAAUGCUAGAUGGAGUACACCUCAAAUACCUUUGGAAAACAAGUCUCAUUAUAGACUAACUUUAUUAAAUUUUCUCAUGAAAACAUUUUGUGGGCUAAAAUGAAUACCUUUAAUACAAUAGAGUUACUUUAAUGGUUAUAAGGCAAUUGACUUACAAGUCAUCAUAUUAAUUAUUUUAAGGCAAUUGAAAAAAUUAUAUCUAAUUGAAAAUACAGUAUUCAAUUUUAAUUAGCAAGGUGCAAUUUUAUGUUCUUUUUUCUUUGUUACAUUAAUCUAAUAUAGUAGAUAUCUGAGAAGAUUUUAUUGUAGAGAAACACGCACAAAAUAGCAAUUCUUAGGCCACAUUAAAACAUGUCUUCUCACUAGAUAAUUCAACAGAUAAUUUCUGGGAAAAAAUUUUAAGAUUAUUAGUCUCUAUCCAAAAAAUAAAUAUAAAGCAUUCUCAUUGUGGGUGUCCUUAAAAUGAUGUAACUAUAAAUUUGAUGCAGAAAGGAUUUAUAAUGCUGGAUUUAAGUAGUUUAAAAAGACAUUUUAAAGUCACUACUAGGCUUUGUUUUUAGAGAACAAUUUAUGUUAAAUUGUGUAGCAUAUAGAGAGCCAGUGUGCUCUUUUGUUUCUUUCAAUAGUGAUGGCAAAAUAAGACUUGUCUUAAAAAAACAGAGCUAUCGGGACUAUAGUGCCAUUAGUAUGCUGUUUCCAUGACAAACUCUAUUUUCAGAUUAUUUGGUUUCCCUAUUUUAUUUUUUUUAAGCCAGCUAUCAAUUAGGGUCAAUUUUCCCCCUCAUGGCGUGCUUGGUUCCGCUUUUGUAGUAAAUGUAUACAUAAUA